AUGAAUCUGUUUGCUCUUCACGCAGAGAAAGAAGUCAAGGAAAAGGAAACCCUGAUUACAAUCAUGAAAACUCUCAUAGAUUUUGUCAAGAUGAUGGUUAAGUACGGAACCAUUACCCCCGAGGAAGGUGUUUCGUAUCUCGAAAAUCUAGAUGCCAUGAUCGCCCUGCAGACAAGAAAGAAACUUGAGAAAUCCAGUUCCCAGAACAAGCUAUCAGACAAGAGCACCGAGGAAGCCGACAGCACAAAAACAGGCACAGCCGAAAUGGAAAAAGAAUACGAAGCCCUGAAAGAUUCCACAAAAGCCGAGGAAGAAAACGCGGAAGACAACAAAGAACCGAAAGGAAAAGCAGAGGCCUACUUGGAAGCCAUCCGGAAGAAUAUAGAGUGGCUGAAGAAACAUAAGACCCAGGGAAAGAAAGAUG